AUGAAAUUUAUCUUCUGUUUGAGUGUCCUUGUUGGAGCAUUUUUCUUCACUCACUCGUCUGUGCAGAAAGAAGACCAUGCUCCCUAUUUGGCAUACCUCAAGUCUCACUUCAACCCCUGUGUGGGUGUCCUCAUCAAAAAAAACUGGGUGCUGGCCCCAGCUCACUGCUACUUAACAAAUCUGAAAGUGUUGCUGGGAAAUUUCAAGAUCAGAGUCAAAGAUGGGACAGAGCAGACCAUUAGCCCCAUCAAUAUUAUCCGCUACUGGAACUUCAGUGAUAGCUACCCCCAGGAUGACCUCAUGCUCAUUAAGCUGGCCAAGUCAGCCAACUUCAGCCACAAAGUCCAGCCCCUCGCCCUCGCCACCAGCAACGUCCGGCCAGGCACCGUCUGUCUGCUUUCAGGUCUGGACUGGAGUCAUGACAACAGUGGCAGGCACCCUGACCUGAGGCAGACCCUGGAGGCCCCUGUGAUGUCUGAUAAAGAGUGUCAAACAACCGAGCAAGGAAAAAGCCACAGGAACGCCUUAUGUGUGAAAUUUGUCAAAGUGUUCAGCCGAAUUUUUGGGGAAGUGGCUGUCGCUACUGUCAUCUGCAAAAACAAGCUCCAGGGGAUCGAGGUCGGACACUUCAUGGGUGGGGAUGUCGGCAUCUACACCAAUGUUUACAAAUAUAUACCCUGGAUUGAGAACACCACUAAAGACAAAUGAGACCCUGCUACUCGCUCUGCAGCCCACCAGCUCCACACCCGACUCUGCUAC